UCUUCUUCACAAAACUAUUUCAAAUUUUAUUCUCUUUCUGAUAAGCUUCAAUGGCUGCAUUAACCUCCGUUUCACUAUCAUUUCGUAUAUCUAACCUUCAAACUCGAACAAAUUACAGACAAUUGCCCAUUAUACGCGCAUCAUCUGCAUCAGCAUCAGCUAUGCCUUCUCAUGAAUCAUCAAGUGAAAGUACUGUACUAACAUCACCAGUAGUGCCCUUUGUUGAGCCCUCUAAGACCCCUCAAAAUAGACUUGUUAGAUUUGUUCAGAACACUGAGUCAACUGUCGAAAUGGCCAUAUUUGACUUCCGCUUUCUGGCGUUCUUUGCUAUUGGAGGUUCAUUGGCUGGUUCACUGCUCUGCUUCCUCAAUGGUUGUAUCUACAUUUUUGACGCUUACAAGGUUUAUUGGACGAGCUGUGUCAAAGGAAUUCACACAGGACAGAUGGUUCUGCGGUUGGUUGAAGCUAUAGGUGAGUUUCUGAAAUGAUCUUUGAUUUCUUAAAG